GGUACGCGAGUGGGGCAGGGUCCUGGGAAAGGCUUGGGAAGGGUCUUGCAGUCCCCCAGAGUCAGCCCAACUCCCAGCCCUGUAGGAGUGGGGAGCCCAGAGUCCUUCCCCACUGGCUGCGGGCACCCACAAUCUAGGCCUCGUGUCUAGCACUCCAGCAGCCCCGCCCCCCCAGCUCUGCCUGGCUGCCCACCACCUCCUGGGCAGGAAGCAGCACCAAGCCCUGAACGGCUGGGGAGCCAGAGUGCUGGGAGACCCCCCGGCUCAUCCUAGGACCCCUGGGGUGGGACCCUUGGUGGCCCACGCAGAGCAGUACGCGCCCCAGGGCUGGGGCAGAGGCAGGUCUGGAGCUCCCUCCUGCUCUGACUGGCCCUGCCGUAGUGUGGACUGGGCUCCCUGGUUCUCUCCAUGCAGGGCGGUGCCGGUUCUGCCCAGCCGGCUGGCUGGCUCGAGGACGCUGGGAAGUGCUAUUACUGUUCUUCGGCCAAGAGGGACUGGGCCAAGAGCAAAGAGGAUUGCUGCUCCUGCGGCGCCCAGCUCGGCACCAUCAGAGCCAGCGCCACGCUGGCCUUCCUGCAGCGCGUGUCCAAGAGCAACAUGUUCUACAUUGGGCUGAAGAAGGAACGUGCCGGGCUUGACUGGAAGUGGGUGGACGGCUCCAUACUGAACAG